AUGGACUCAUCCUCAAAGUCUGUGCUCAACAGCAGCGAGGUUGCGUUCCCCAGAGGAGGAGGAUCUGUGUUGACGCCGUUGGAGAUGAAAACCAUCUCCAACAAGGCCACAGAAGAUGUUUUGUUCGAACAGGCCCAGGCCAGCAAAAGAUCUGGCGGCUCGACGUCACAUCCAGCCAAAAAGCGGAAAAAGCAAAGCAAGACGGCCGUGUCCAAGACGGAGACAGAGGAAAAGGGCAUUUCUGUCGACCACAUGACACUCAAAAACUUGAUCCCCGGAUGCGAGGUGUUGGGUCAGAUUGUGAGGGUCGACAAGAUGGACUUGGUUUUGGCCAUCACGGAUAACUUGGUGGGCCGUGUUCCUAUAACCGCCAUCGGCGCAGAGGUUUCUGCCAUGCUUGAAAAAUACGAGGCUGCCAUGGACUCUUCUGACGAGGAAGACGACGAGCCAACACAAAGCUUUGCCCCAGAAUUCCCCAAAUUGGCAUCGCUUUUCGAGCCAGGCCAGUGGCUCCGUGCCAUUGUGACGCCCACGCCCGAGGGACAAAGAGGCCUUCAUCUUUCUAUCGCUCCUUCCGAUGUCAAUGCUUCGAUGGAAUCCGACGACUUUACGCCGGGAAACAUUGUUCAGGCGUCCGUCAAGUCCAUUGAAGACCACGGUGUAGUUUUGAAUCUCGGUGUUGGCAAGCUCUCUGGAUUUUUGUCCAAGAAGGAAUUGAAGAAAGCUGACAUUCCCCUCCUGUCCUUCACUGUGGGUAAAGUCAUUCUCACAUCUGUCGCCAGUGCUGAUGCCAGGACUGUGUCCUUGAGACCAGCUGAAAAGGAAAACGUCUCCAAGAAAACUGUCGUCACAACCAUCAGCUCCAUUGAUGCCGUCCAUCCAGGUACGCUUGUCAAUGCCAUUAUUGCCGAGUUGUCCGACGAUGGUGUCGCAGCAAGAUUGUUCGGUAUGGUCGAUGCAUCCUUCACGCUUCCGCAUGUUGAAGAGUAUGCGCUUGAGAAGUUGAAGAACUCUUUUGGUAUCGGCUCCACAGUCAGAGCGAGAAUUAUCGGUACGUUAUUGCAAAAUGGAACAAAGAAGUUCAUUUUGUCCAGAGCUACUGCUCCUCUUGCCUUACAGCCGGAGUUGGAUUCUUCUGCUUUGGAGGCGUUCCCUGUCGGUUUCAUUUUCGACUCGGGCAUUGAAGUCGUGGGUGCAGACUCCGAUUUCAUCUACCUUUCUACAGGCUCACAUAUGGCCCAGGUUCACAAGUCGCAAGUGGAUCCAGAGUUGGAUCCUAACAUGAACUAUCCUGUUGGAUCAAAACACAACGCAAGAGUUUUGGGCUACAACAGAAUCGACAACUUGUUGGUUGUGACGCUCAAUCCAAAGUUGAUUGCCUCCAAAUUUGUCUCUGCCGAUGACGUCCCAGUUGGCGAAUACAUUCCUGCUGUGGAGAUCAUCAAGAUUUUGGACGAGGCCAAGGGCAUGAUUGUCAAGAUUUUUGGCGAUUUCGAGGCUUUGGUUCCGGCUAACCACAUGUCCGACAUCAAGUUGGUGUACCCAGAAAGAAAGUUCAAAGUUGGGGGUAAGGUGAAGGGCAGAGUCUUGUACAAGAACGGAAAGAAAUUAUUUGUCACGUUACGGAAAAGUUUAGUCAAUAUGGAAGAUGAUGCUAUUGUCAGCGAUAUCGAAAACGUUGUUGUCGGUUUCAAGACCACCGCUAUUGUUGACAGAUUUGUUCCCGGUGGUGCUUUGGUCACUUUCUUUGGCAAAUUGAGAGCAUACUUGCCUAAAAGCGAAAUUUCCGAAACUUUUGUUGAGGAAGCCAAAGACUACUUGAAAUUGGGCCAAGCCGUCACCGUGAGAAUUUUGAGUGUCAAUGCAGAGGAAAACAAGAUUUCGGUGACUUUGCGUCAAUCGACUGAACUCAGUAAUAAGCAAAUUGAGCAUCUUGAGCUGAUUUCUAUCGGAAGAACCCUUGUUGAAGCUAACAUCGUGGAGAAAACCAAAGAAGCUGUCAUUAUCGAACUAGAAGGCUCCAACUUGCGCGGUGUUAUUAGCACAAACCAUCUUUCUGAUGGAAACUACGAAGAAAACAGAAUCAUUUACAAAAACCUAGAGAUUGGCGGUCUGAUUGAAGUUCUUGUUCUUGAGAAAGAUAUUCGUGCCAGAACUGUGAUUGCAUCUGCCAAAAAGUCGUUGAUUACAGCAGCUAGAACUGAAACAUUACCCGUGCAUUAUGAAGACAUUCAUGUCGGUUCUAUGGUUCCAGGUUACAUCAAGUCUGUCACUAACUUGGGUCUUUUCGUUUCUUUUGGUGGCCGUUUGACUGGUUUGGUAUUGGCCAAGAAUGCUACUAACGAUCCUACUGAGGACUUGUCCAGCAAAUUCUACAAGAACCAAUCCGUUGUGUGUGAUGUCAUAAAAACAGACGAUGACAACAAGAGAUUUUUGUUGUCGCUCACAAGCAGUGAUAGUGCAGGUGCAUUCGAAUCCUCCAAAUUAUCCAAUCCUGUGGAUGCUCAAAUGAAGUCGAAAACCGACUAUGCUGUUGGAGUUUCUACUUUUGGUGUCAUUGAUUCGAUAGAGCCAGGCUACUUGAAAAUCCGUUUGGCAGACAAUUUGGAAGGAAGAGUUGAAGCCAACCAAUGCAUUCGCUCGUGGAAAUCUAUCAAAGACCCAAAGAAUCCUCUUGCGUCUUUCACUGUGGGAGAAAAAGUCCCAGUGAAAGUGUUGGGUACCUACGACUACAAAUGGCAUUCGUUUACGACCGCCGCUGCAUUCAAGAAGACGACAGUAUUGAGUUUGACUACCGCAAAGGAUCAGUUGAAGAGCAAAUCCCCUUACAAACCAGAUCAAUUGUCUGACAUUACUGUGGGUUCUGAAUAUGUCGUUUACAUCGAGAGAUUCCACAAUGGAACGGCUAAAGUCUCCUUAACUCCUAGCAUCAAGGGCGAAAUUUCCGUGUACAAUCUCUCGGACGAUAUGUCAAAGUACUCCAAAUUUGACGAGUCCUUCCCCUUGGGAACUGCAUUGAAAGCCAACGUGAUUGGUAUUGACUUCGAACAUGGAAUGGUCAAGUUGUCUGCAAGAAAACAAAAUCUCACCUCUUUCACUCAGCUCAAAGUUGGUGAUCAAUACCCAGCAAAGGUUUUUAAAGUCACAAAGUCGUUUGUUUUGGUUGAACUAGCUCCAGGUCUUGUUGGAUACUCUUACAUUACAGAUGCUUUGGAUGACUACGAUCUUAAGUUGGAAGAAACCUAUCACAUCAACCAGCCCGUGGCUGUGACCAUCACUGAAACUCUUGAAAACGAGGGUAAAUUCAGUGUCAGCUUGAGAAACGAGAAAACAGCAAAGGACAAACCAGUCAACUCCAUCAGCGAACUCCAUCGCGGAGACGUUGUGAAAGGAUUUAUCAAGGCCAUAAAUAACGCUGGUCUUUAUGUUUCCUUGGGAAGAGACUUGUUCGCCUUAGUUCCUGUCAGCAACAUUUCAGACGCAUUCUUGGUUGACUGGAAGAAAUUCUUCAAACCAUUCCAAAGCAUUGUUGGUAAGAUUGUUCAAUGUAAGGUUGAAGGUCGUAUCACCAUGACGUUGAAAGAGAGUGAACUUAAUGGCCACUUGGCUGACUACAAAACUUUCGAUGAAUUGGAAAUCGGCGAGAUUUACGAUGGUACCGUUAAAAAAGUUGCUGAUUAUGGUGUUUUUGUGAAAUUGGACGGCACUGCUGUUGAUGGAUUGUGCCAUCGUUCUGAAAUUGCUGACAACCAAGUCGAAAACGCGGCCGCUUUGUUUGCUGAAGGUGACAGAGUUAAGGUGAAGAUCCUCAAAAUCUUCAAGGACAAGAAGCAACUUUCUUUGGGUAUGAAAGCUUCUUACUUCACGGAAGCUGAUGAGAACUCCGAUGAUGUGGAAAUGGCUGAAGCUCUGGAUGAUGAUGACGAAGAGGAAGUCAACUCUGAAGACGAAGUUAUGGCUGAAGGUUUCAGCGAUAAUGACCAGAGUUCAGACUCUGAAGAUGAAGAAGAAGAGUCCGCUAAAGAGGGAACAGAUGCUGCUCCAACUGGCUUGAGUGGAUUGUCUACUAACGGUUUUGAUUGGACAGCUUCUAUUUUGGACCAAGCCGAGGACAAUGAAUCUUCAUCAGAUGAAGAUGAAGACUUCACCGAAUCCCACAAGAAGAGAAAGAGAAAGGGAAAGAAGAACGUCGAAGAUAAGACAAGCGAAAUCAACGCCAGAGCUCCAGAGUCCGUGCAAGAUUUCGAACGUAUGAUCAUCGGUAACCCCGACUCCUCCGUUCUUUGGAUGAACUACAUGUCUUUCCAGUUGCAAUUGGGUGAGAUUGACAAAUCAAGGGAAAUUGCCGAAAGAGCUUUGAAAACCAUUAACUACCGUGAAGAGCAGGAAAAGAUGAAUAUUUGGAUUGCUAUUCUCAACUUGGAAAACACUUUUGGCUCGGAAGAAUCUUUGGACGCGGCUUUCAAGCGUGCUGUUCAGCACAUGGAUUCCUUGACCAUGCACCAGAAGUUGAUUGGAAUUUACCAAUUGUCCGAGAAGUUCGACAAGGCAGACGAGUUGUACAGAGUGAUGACCAAAAAGUUUGCUAAGAACGUCAAUGUGUGGGUCCUGUUUGGCUCUUCUUUGAUGGACAGGAAAUUGUUUGACGAUGCACACGAACUUUUGGCUCGUGCUUUGCAAUCGUUGCCAAAAUCCAGCCACAUUGAUGUGGUAAGAAAGUUUGCACAGCUCGAAUUUGCCAAGGGUGAUCCUGAACAGGGCAGAUCUUUGUUUGAAGGUUUGGUUACUGACGCUCCAAAGAGAAUUGACUUGUGGAACGUCUACAUUGAUCAAGAAAUCAAGCAAGGUGACAGAGAAAAGAUUGUUCUGUUGUUUGAGAGAGUUGUUACGAAGAAACUUUCGAGAAAGCAAGCCAAGUUUUUCUUCUCCAAGUGGCUUGGAUACGAAGAAGAACAUGGAAGUGAACAGUCUGCUUCUCGUGUUAAGGCUCUUGCGGUGGAGUAUGUCCAAUCACAAUCCAAGGAUGAGGAAUGA